ACAAUGAUAAAGUAUAUAUAGAAACUUGUGAUAAUAAAUGUGACAGUGCGCAUUGGCUUACGAUGUAAGGAAGUCUGAUAGCUGUGAGUGAAGUGACAAGAAAAAAUUAUACUCAAUUAACUAAUAAAAGGAUUGAAGAAUAAAUUAAAAAGAUGGAUCUUUCUUCAAUACUCAUUCUAUUCCCGAUGGCGUUAUCGAUUCACGCGACGCCUAUAAUGACACGCGAGAGAUUGGCCCAACGAAACUACCAUCAACAGUUCUGCAGCAGUCUUCUCAACUUCAACAAUUAUUUCUACUCCUUAGAAGACCAGAAGAACGUAACUGGAAUUCCAGCUGACUUGAGCAUCCAUUGGAAAACCGGGAAUAUAUUCUUCACGUUGAUCAGCGAGGAAAUGCGAAUGACCCUGCAAGUACUUCAUCCCAGUGGCGAAUUUGAGACUAUCAAAGUUGCUGGACUAGGCCAAUCGACUACUGUUGAUAACCUCAACGAUAUUGUAUACUUAGCUACAGAUAACGGUGUAUAUAAAUACAAGGAAGACGGUAGUGUAGAAUUAUAUUCAGCUCUAGGUGAAGACGUCAUGUAUAUAGCAGUUUCUAGCGACGGCAAUACUAUGUACAUAGCAACAUGGCCACAAAACCGAGUGCAGAAAAUCACGAAUGAUGGACAGAAACAGGAGACAUUCUCUGUCAUUCCUAACGGGCACGGUCUGACUUUGGAUACUAGAAAUAACAUAUACUUUGUUGCUACCAAAACGUCUUAUAUCCUGAAGAAUGGUUAUACAAUUCCUAUUAAAAUCAAAGGUCUACCUAGUGAUAAGAUGACGGGAGUCUUCGUCAGUAGAUCUGAUGAGGUAUUUGCUAUGGAUGAAAAUAGUAACCUUUACACUGUAGAUCCUGAAAAUGCUAACGCCAAGCACAUAGGAUCUUUCAAUGUAACUGGGGUCAACUCGUUCGCUAUGGAUUCUGCCGACAACGUCUUGAUUGGUGUGAAAGGAGCCAUUUUAAAAUUCAACGCGUAUGAAAAGAAUCCUUGCAAGCAAUAUGAAAUGUAUGAACCGAUUAAGUCAGCGACAAUUGAAAAGGACGAAUCUCAGCCUGGCAAAAAAGGAAAGAGACACAACGCGAAGAAACGCAAGCCAAAAAGAUCACCAACCACUUCCACCACCGAAGCUACGGAAGAAGACGACGAGGAAUAAACUUUAAUAAUAAUGCUCAUUUUGUUAAUACUUUUCAAUUAUUUCACUUGUUAUUCUUCACAAUUUUCAUUAUUAUUGCUAAAUAAAAUUAAAUGUUUUUUUCUUCACAGUAA